UUUUUCUGUUUGCCUUGUUCCGGACGUGCGACACGCGCUUCUCAGUUAAAUCACCAGUCCCCUGUGACGUCUGUUUUUCUUUGACGACUCUUUUCAACUUCAAACCUUCAUAAUGGCCUCGGAAUACGAGCAAGAGAACGGUCGCUAUGACGACGAGCCUCGUUUCGACCGUCACCGCAGCGCAUCUCCUCGCGAUGAGAUUAGAGAUGACCGUGCCCGGAGCCGCUCCCCCAACGGCCGCAUUGAUGAUCGACCAAGCGGAUAUGAGAGAGGUCCUGUUGACCCCCGUAAGAUGCUCGACGAUGAUGAGGAGGGUGCCCAGAACACCGGUUCUAACCUUUUCGUCACUGGCAUCCACCCUCGUUUGUCUGAGUCGGAUUUGACGCGUCUGUUCGAGAAGUACGGUGACGUCGAGAACUGCUCCAUCAUGGUUGACCCUCACUCCAAGGAGUCGCGUGGCUUUGGCUUCGUGAAAAUGGUUACCGGUGACCAGGCGGAUGCUGCCAAGGAAGGUCUGCAAGGUGAGGUCAUUGAAGGCCGCACUCUGAGCAUCGAAAAGGCUCGUCGUAGCCGUCCUCGCACCCCUACCCCCGGCAAAUACUUUGGACCUCCUAAACGAGGUGAGCCUGCAGGUCCCCGUGGUCGUGGUGGCCCCCGUGGUGAUCGCUAUGAUGACCGCCGUGGUGGUUUUGGUGCUAGCUGGCGCCGUGACGACUACCGCUACGGUCGCUACGACUCCUACAGUGACCGUAGCCGCGACUAUGGUGGUGGUGGCCGUGACUACCGCGACUACCGUCGUGAUUACCGUGAUGACUAUGGCUACCGUGGCAUCGACCGCUACGCUUCUGGUGGCGGCCGCGAGGACCGCUACAGUCGCGACGACCGCCGUGGUGACGACCGCCGUGGUGGUGGUGGAAGCAGCAGCGGCGGUGGUGGUUAUUACGACCGUGAUGCUAACCCUCCCAGCUACAGCCAGGGCGGUGCCCCUCCGCGUGACGCAUAUGCUAGCCGCUCCUAUGGUGAUGACCGGUACGCUAGCAGGUAGGUGAAGAUAUGUCGGAAUGAUCAGAUGUCGAAGUCGGUCGAAGGCACCUAAUUUUUCUUGCUUUU